AUGUCACAUUCAUCUCGGGUUGAUACUCGUGCUCUCCGGACCGAGCUCUUGUCAUCCCUCGCCGGGACUGCCAUGCAACCAGUCGGGACGGCUAGCGCCUCCGGCAGUGGAACAGGCCUGAGCGAUGUGCGGGACAGUUCGCUGAGUACGGCCAUCCAGCUGCUGGAACGGUACGACCAGUCGCGGGCGGUUCUGGCACAGUAUGGUUCGGCGAUCGAGCCAACGCCCGAGGCACGCCAAGCGGCCAGUGCCCUGCACGAGGCGGAGAUCCUCCUGCAAGCGUACUUGGCAGCGGCGGAGGAGGCACAGUCGCCGGCGCCAUGCUCAUCCUAG